AUGCCCAUCCACCUUCCCCACCGCCCCGCCAUGGAGCCAGCUCUUCUUCCUACAGACGCACGCAAAGCCAGUCUGGCACACCGUCCACCAACACCUAUCUCUGCAACGACUCCAUCAGUCGCGACAGCAGUACUAGCUACGACAACGACAACGACCCCAACUGCAUCCACCACGCCCUUAGUCUCGGCCUCAGCCUCAGCCCCUGCACCAGCAGCCACAGCUUCAGUGUUAGCAAGGACAUCAACGGGACGUUCCGGUGCUGCCACGUCGCCCUCCAUCUCAAUCAACACCCAUGCCACCACCACAUCCUCAUCCCAAGAGGCGAUUCGCACUCACACCUACUGGUCCGGAUUCUACAAAAAGACCAUCAAGGAGCGUCGAACUCAACUAGGCCUUGCUUUUCCGCACCUGACUCGCCCUUCGUCUCUUGACUCCUUUGCGUCCACCCAAACCUCAGCCAAGACCUCUGGACAGUCCACGCCUAACUUUGGCCCUACCCGGUCCUUGACCAUGACCAGUAUCGUCGUCCCUACUACCACCUUGGCGCCUUCUUCUUCCUCGUCGGGAGUGUCAUCAUUGCUGGCUUCGACUGUACCACUAGUGGCACCACAGCCGAUAUCAAUGGUCCGAUCCACAUCAUCAAUUCACCACCACCAUCAUCAUCAUAGUCAUCUCAGCAAUAACAACACAGCCGUGGCCCUUAAUGUCAGCCCUUCAGACUUGGCCUCCAACGUAAGCACGCCUGACUCUUCUGCCUCCCGGGACGUAUCGUCACUUCUGAACUACACAGACGAUGGUCAGAUCGCGCUUCAUCGAGCCAAUGGACAUCGCCUUGAGCACGACCAGCAAGAGCAGGACCACAUCAUGGGGUCCAGCAGCCAAGCUCAGGAGGAUGAAGAUCAGGACAGCGAACGCCGUGCGCUGGCUCUUGAGCUUGCACAAGGACAAGAGGACGAAGCCAUGACGGAAGAGGAGCGCCGGGAUCAACUAGAAAAAGACCGCAAGGCAACAGUGAUCUCGAACCUGGCUGAGCAACGCAAGAUGAUCGGGUCUCCGAAUGGACAUCUAUUGGAGGGAGAUCUAUCAUUAGACGCACGCCUGGAUGCUAUUAUUGCUACCGAACAGGAUGGCACUCCGUUCCCUGUCUACGGUCUUGACGAGCAGAUCGCCAACAAUAUGAUCGAAAACUGUAUCGGGACGUUGGGACUGCCCAUGGGUUUGGCUUUCAAUUUCACGAUCAACGGUAACCCGGUGGUCAUCCCCAUGGCGAUCGAGGAGCCCUCCGUCAUUGCUGCAGUGUCGAGUGCAGCCAAGACUAUUUCAACCUACCAGGGCUUCCAGGCCACCGCACCGGAGCGCAACAUGAUCAUUGCACAAGUGCAACUGUUGGACAUCAAGGAUACAGACAUGGAUAGAGUCAUGGCCAAGAUGCAGGAACAGGAAACGGCGAUCCAGGAGGAGGCGAAUGAGUACUGCACCAACAUGGUCAUGCGUGGUGGUGGAGUUCAAAGAGUUUCGUUCCACCGUGUCCGAAGGCAUGUCAGUCGGGAGAGCUUCAAGGGACAGGAUUUGUUGGUCAAGUACGGAGUCAUUACUCCUCAGAAUGUGCCAUCCAGGACGCAAUUUGGAUUGUCAUCUCAGGGACGGUGCUCCGAGUGGCUGGUUGUGCACCUGCAUAUUGAUGUAGGUCAUGCUAUGGGUGCCAAUUGUGCCAACACUGUGGCGGAGGGAAUAGCGCCCUUCUUGGCCAAGAUGAGCGGCGGUCGUACUGGAGUGCGCAUUUUGAGCAACCUGAACGUCGAUCGCAUAGCCAAGUCGACGUUCCGUUUGCCAUUCUCGUAUAUGGGUUACAAGUCCUUGCCGGGCAAGGAUGUGGCGGUCCGACUCUUGGAGGCCUAUGAGUGGGCAGAUUUGGACCCUUACCGCGCUGCAACACACAACAAGGGGAUCAUGAAUGGUAUUGAUGCCGUUGCCCUGGCCACAGGGCAGGACUGGAGAGCGAUCGAGGCUGGAGCACAUGCUUGGGCCAGUGGGGCUGGCUCCUACUCGGACCGAUCCAGCGAACACUCUAGACUGAAUGCAAAGGAAUCUGGGCAGUGUGGAUCAGAGCAGCAGCAACAGAAUGGAUCAAAGAGGAAAUUCGGACAAGAUACCCCUGGAGAUUGCGGGGCCAAGAUCUCGCGAGGAGACGCGUACAAGCCCUUGACGCGGUACUGGAUUGAGGAGGAUGAAGGGCGUCUGGCACAAGGAUUCAAGGGUCAGGACGCUCUUGUGUUCUGUGGCGAGCUCGAGAUGCCCAUUAUGGUUGGAACCAAGGGCGGAGUCCUCAGCACCAACCCCGUCCACGCUUUUACCCUCGGAGUCAUGCGCUAUCCUGACUCUAAGCAACUUGCCAUGGCUAUGGUGACGGUGGGGUUGGCCCAAAACUUUGCAGCACUACGAGCACUGGUGACUGAAGGAAUUCAGCGUGGACACAUGGCGUUGCACGCCCGCAACAUUGCCAUCUCUGCAGGCACACCCCCAGCCUCGGUGGACGAGGUGACCGCCCAUAUGAUCGAUACUGGCAGGAUUCGCCUUGGUGCUGCACGAUCUUAUAUCGAGAAGCGUGGUCUGGGACUCUACAGCGCCGGGAUGAGCGCCAACAGUAGUAAUAUCAGCGUCGCGAGUUCUUCUGUGCAUCUUCACAACAACAACAACAACAACAACAACAACAACAAUAGCAGCAACAGCAUCAAUGGCGGUCCCGGUCGGCCAUAA